AUGGUGCACUAUGUUCACAUUUUCCUUCUAGCCCUUCUAAUAUUGCAAAUUUGGUUAAUUGGUCAAACCAGAGGACAAAAUGGCUAUAUAAGAGAGCCCAUAGCCGCAGCUUCUCCCUCUCAUCAUCACUCACACUCUCGACUCACACUCUCAAUUGACUUUAUCUAUUCCUCAAUAUCCUCGCUCAACAGUAACUUCAAACUUCAAAGAUGGGUUCUCGACCACUCGAAGACGGCGUUUAUUUCAUUACAAACGACAGGCAUCGCAACCACGCAUUGA